ACCAGCAGCAACAUCUCCACACACACUCACACAUACAGCUCGAGCCCCCAAAAAGACCCACUCCUCUAAAAACACUGUUGCAAAGGUGGUGGUCGCGGUGGUUUGUUGCUUCUAAUCGUCCUUUGUGUGACGAUUCCGUGGGGCCCAACGGGGCCGUAGGAACUAGGGGGUGGAAGGGGCGCGCGGGGUAGGCGAGAGGAUUAGAGGAAGGUCCCCAAGCGCAAGUUGACGCGCAGUCCUGCCCCAACAAAGCUACAAAGCAGCUACAGUCGAUAACAAAAGAAACAAUGAUCACCUCUUGACCAGAGGAUAUCGAUGCGUUCAACCCCCUCCGCUCAACACACCCAACACGAUAUCAUCCAGCAGUCCCUUUUGCCAACUCUCGGUGUGUGUGUUUGUGUGUAUUUGUGAGUGUAUGUGUGUGUGUGCGUUUGCAAGAUGUUUCUGGGAAAUUUCUCUUUAGUUCUGCAACAGUAGGCGCUCGAGAGCCUAUCACAGAUAUCUUGCGCCCCCACCAAAAGGAAAAGAACAUAAUCCGAAGGAUUGUGGAUUCGUGUGGGAGCGCCAGGUUGGUAAGGUCCGACAAGAGGAGUACAGCUAAGCGGUAGAAACAUCGUAGAAGAAGCCUGGUACCUGAACCCUGCUCAUACGCAGCUCACAAACCAUUCAGGAGUAAGGGAAACCGGGCGUCUUCUAGCGCCUGUUACGAGUUCCCGCUUAAGCCAGAGACACUACAGUACGUGUCACACAGCCUCCGCCAAGCUUAGCCAGCUUCCUAGCGUCGGUAGAGAUGCUCCAUUGACUAGGUGCGCUACUACAACCACACUGCUGUAUCCACAGUCGAACGACAGCAGACUUCCUCCAAUAAAACGGGGAAAUAGGGUGGAGAGCUCGCACAGGGGGCGUACUAUAGAGGUUAAGGUUUGCUGGAGAGUUGCUGGUGCGCGCGUGUGUUUGUCAGGGGAAUGCAAUGAGGCUACUACACGGUGUAUACUUUACGAUAUUCGCCGUCGUUUCCGUGUGCGGAGGCAACCCAGACGCCAAGCGGCUGUACGACGAUCUGCUCAGCAACUACAACAAGCUGGUGCGCCCGGUAGUGAACGUGACCGAUGCGCUCACGGUCAAGAUCAAGCUGAAGCUGUCGCAGCUGAUCGACGUGAACCUGAAGAACCAAAUCAUGACGACGAACCUGUGGGUGGAGCAGACGUGGUACGACUACAAGCUGAAGUGGGAGCCGAAGGAGUACGGCGGGGUGGAGAUGCUGCACGUGCCCUCCGACCACAUCUGGCGGCCGGACAUCGUGCUGUACAACAACGCGGACGGCAACUUCGAGGUGACGCUCGCGACGAAGGCCACGCUCAACUACACCGGCCGGGUCGAGUGGCGCCCGCCCGCCAUCUACAAAAGUUCCUGCGAGAUUGACGUCGAGUACUUCCCGUUCGAUGAGCAGACGUGCGUGAUGAAGUUUGGCAGCUGGACGUACGAUGGGUUUCAGGUGGAUCUUCGCCACAUCGACGAGAUGAACGAAACGAACGUCGUCGAGGUUGGGGUCGAUCUGUCCGAGUUCUACACGUCCGUCGAGUGGGACAUUUUGGAGGUGCCUGCCGUCAGAAAUGAAAAGUUUUACACCUGCUGCGACGAGCCGUACCUCGACAUCACGUUCAACAUUACGAUGCGCCGGAAGACGCUGUUCUACACGGUGAACCUCAUCAUUCCCUGCAUGGGCAUUAGCUUCCUCACCAUACUGGUGUUCUAUCUGCCAUCGGACAGUGGCGAAAAGGUAUCGUUAAGCAUAUCCAUUCUGCUAUCGUUGACUGUGUUUUUCCUGCUGCUGGCGGAAAUCAUUCCGCCCACCUCGCUGGUGGUCCCGCUGCUAGGCAAGUUCGUCCUGUUCACGAUGAUACUGGACACGUUUAGUAUAUGCGUCACCGUGAUCGUGCUCAACAUUCACUUCCGGUCACCACAAACGCAUACGAUGGCACCGUGGGUCCGCACCAUCUUCAUCAACCAUCUGCCGAAGCUGCUCGUAAUGCGACGCCCAAUCUACCAGCCGCUGCAUCAUUUCAGUGCCGCCUCUCAGCGGUUCAUGCUGCGCUCGUGCAACAGCCUCGGUGAUCAUAUUCCGCCACUUCCGCCCACGAUCGCGUUCGAUCCGUCGGUACUGCUCGAUCACCAUUUGCUCGAUUCCAGCGAAAGCCUCAACACCUGCCGAUUGCACGGCAGCCCAACGCACCUGCACAAUCAUCGGUCGGGCGGGGGCGGUCGGCACCAUCACCACCAUCACCACAGUGCGCUGGUGCGCGGCAUGGACCUGAUGGACGAUAUGCCGCUACCGUAUCACGACCACAACCACCACAACUCGCCCAUGUCCCCGAUCAACUUCAAUCUGCUGAGCGCGGCCAGCACGGCGGUGCCGAACCCGGCCGCCACCAAUGCCACCGCCAACUCCACCACGACCGGGGCGGGCGGUUUGCUCGAUCCGAACAGCAACUUCCACAAGAGCCUGGCGGCGGCCAACACGAACGACAGCAAGGCUGGCACCGGCAACCUGCUGCUCAAGACGGCGGGCGCCACCGGCCACCUGAGCUGCUGCAACAGUCUGUUCCUGAACGAUCUGCAGCAGGCGGCGGCCGUGACGACCGGGGCGACCACCGCGGAUCUGCUGCUCGGCGACAACGGGGUCGCCGUGCCGCUCAACAACAAUCUGCCCACGAACGUGCUGCCGAGCGGGAUGAUCAUCAACACGACCGACACCGGCACGACGGUACCGGCGGGCGGCGGGAAGGGCGACAAGACCGGCCCGAACCGGAACCGGUGGCUGGAGUGUCCGGAGCUGACCAAGGCGAUGGAUGGCGUGACGUACAUAGCGGACCAUACGCGCAAGGAGGAGGAAAGCUCCAGGGUCAAGGAGGACUGGAAGUACGUCGCGAUGGUACUCGACCGACUGUUUCUGUGGAUCUUCACGAUAGCGGUCGUGUUCGGUACGGCCGGUAUCAUACUGCAGGCGCCAACGCUGUACGACACACGCGUCCCGAUCGACAUCAAAAUGUCGGAGAUUGCGACCACGACGGCGAAGCCUUACAUCGCCAAACCGAUACUAUAAUGUGUGUUAGUUUGUGUCCGACAAGCGAGUUUACGGGAUCGCCGCCAUCUGGUGGCAAAUGGGUGAAGAUGGAAAUUCCUGCACCUAUCAACCACACGUAACCAACUGGCACGUUCACUCACACACACACACACACACACAAACAUACACAUACACACAUAGUACACACCCAACACGAACACAUUUGCGUGCUCUUGUGUCACUACACAAUCACGUACAGAAACGCACACACACACAAGCAUGCACUCUUGGCAUGCCGCGGAGGGUUUAGGGUGAAUAUGAUAAUUGGCUAGUAGUGACUUAUUCUAAGUAGUACUUUUUUAAUGGAAAACAAACAAAAAAAAACAUCAACAUCAACCUGACACGUGACAUUACUCUCACCCCUUCGAAAAGCGCACUUAAAAGCCCGCACACAGACACACCUACACCACUACAUAGUAACUCGUGCACCGGAUGUAAACGCGGUGCAAGCACACUUACUAGCACUAGCAGACCAAUCUCUAAACUAUAACUCUCAAUUUCAUCGCUUACGACAUACACACACACACACCAACACAGACCAACACAAUAUCAACACAGACACGUGUACCGUGCUUUCCGUGCGUUUGAGUCUCGUCUUAGUGCUGUUAGCUGACAGGGCUGUCACUUAUUUGUAACGUCAGACGCGCGCACCCGAUAAGCACGUGUCGGCAGCAGCAGCAGCAGCAGCAGCAGCAGCGCAGUGGAUUACGAAAACAAACUACCCGCCAUACUCGUGCGCAUUUGGCGACCGAUCAAAAUGGCAUCACGCGAGCGUUCGGUUCUCUACUUGCCGGUUGGUUGAGUUCUGGAAGCUAUGUCACACACUUUACGCUUAAUCUCUCUUACAAUGGAGCAGCAUGUACCACAACUACUACUACUACUAUUACUACUACUACUAUUAUUACUACUACUAUUACUACUAGGACUUCAGCAUGUACUUAGCGAAGUAAACGGUCUUAGACAAGAUGGCGGCGGAACUGUCAACAAGGGUGGCGUCGUAAGCGCGCACGAUGAACGCGUUAACACGCUUUUCUAGCUCGAAAUUUCGUUCGUUUGUAUCACCCACACACGCGUUCGUGCACGUUUCAGUCCCCCCCCCCCCUCUCACGCUGGGAGUCAUUCGGUUUUGGUAGGGGCCUGCUGGUUCGCAGGAAGUUGUUAAACAAUUCGUUACGAUUUUACUCUCUCGCAACGUCCGUUCUAUGCUAGAUUUUUAUUAGACGUGCCUCCCCCUCAACUCGACUAGAGGAGAGUCGUUUUUUUUAAAGCAAAACAAACAAACAAACGAAAAAAAAAAAACGAUCGAAUUAGGUGCAGGAGCAACAAACCGUUAAUCGAUAAGCAACCGCGCGCACAUACGUAACCAGUGGCACACAGGAAAGCAAGGAAAGCUGAAGCGUGUUUUUCACGCGAGGGCAAAGCGUGGAGAUUUCAGAGGGGCGGGGGAAGCAAAAACCGCAAAAACCAAAUCCUACAACACUGCUAACCACGAGAGCCGGCACGGAACACCACGGCGAGUAACCCAUUUCCAAGGACUUUGCUGGUGAAGGACGGUGAGGAGGGAUUUGCUAGUACAAUUCGCAAGCACAAAUCCAAGUAGCACAAGUUAGAUUGUCUUUUUAAUAUUCCCAGAUGUCUCUCCCACACUCUCUCACACACACACCCACAUACAUACACUAUUCUGCACUUUAAUGCCGAAAGUGGUUACAACAAAUCGAUUGACAGCCAUUCGGGACGGCCAUUGUGGAUUGUUUCCUUUUCCCAAACCUCGUCCCAGCAGUCAGGUCCACGGGGAAAACGUUAUUCGCUCACGCUUAAACGGUGUACUAUACGGUGUCGCAGUAGAUCCUACCACACACACACACAUACACACACAUACACACACACGACAUCAUGUUACCACACAGACUCGCGCAGAAAAUUAUCUCACAAAUCAGUAACUGUUUAGAAAGCAUACACGCGCUCGUUUUCCAUAAUUCAUAGAUUUGCGGCUCGCUUGGAGCAAAAUACAACAAACAAAACCAAACAAAAAAAAAAAAAACGCCGAAUUAUUAACGUUUCAACGAAAAUAUAGAUAUAUGAGAGAGGAGCAGAAGUGCGCUAUAGGCUGCAGCAACAAAAAGAUGCGAUAAAAAGAAAAUGGAGGAGAAUGGUAUAACGUAGGCAGAAACGCGUCAGACAGAGCAGACAACCUAACACACAGAGACAACGUAGAUACUAGAGGAUUGAUUUUUUUUUUAUAAUAACGAAA